AGUAAAGUAGCGGAGAUGGCGGGCGACGACGAGAACGAGCCAUUGCUUCCCUUGAACAAGCGGGCCCUCCCGCUGGUGUCGCUCAGCCUGGACGAGGUGCUCAAGACGGAAAACGACCCUUCUUGGGUCCGGCUCCGUAUGAUCAUCACGUUCGGCGUGGUGCUCUGGUGGCUGGCAAUGUUCUGCGGCGCCAUGGCCAUCGUCGCCGCGUCGCCAGGCUGCGUCGUCCAAGGGCCAGACGUCGCCCUCUUCCCUAAGGUCGUAUUUUGCAAAAUGGACCUCCUGCAGCAACCCGUCUCCCAGCCAGGCAUCCGUUCCCAACUGCAAUACAUCUCGAAGCUCGGCGUGAACGCCAUUUGGCUGUCGCCCGUGUUCAAAUCGCCGAUGAAGGAUUUCGGAUACGAUAUCUCCGACUACAGAGACAUUGACCCGGUUUUCGGCAAUUUGAAAGACAUGAAGGCUUUGAUCGACGAAAUGCACUUUUUAGGGCUGCGAUUGAUUUUGGAUUUGGUACCAAAUCACACGAGCAACAUGCACGAGUGGUUUAAGAUGUCUGUCAAAAAAGAGGAGCCAUUCACUGAUUUUUACGUUUGGGCAAAGCCGAAAAACGUUUCAGAGGCCGGCAAAGAGGGAUACGUGCCACAACCACCAAAUAAUUGGAUCAGUGUUUUCGGUGGCUCGGCAUGGGAGUACAGCAGCGAGCGGGGCGAAUUUUACUUGCACCAGUUCGCCAAGGACCAGCCUGACCUGAACUUCCGCAACCCGCGUGUCGUCUCCGCCAUGAAGCAAGUGCUCAAGUUCUGGCUGAACAUGGGCGUGGACGGCUUCAGGAUCGACGCCGUGCCGCACCUUUUCGAGGACCUGCAGCUCAGGGACGAGCCCCACUCGCACAAGGAGGACUCCAAGGCCGGGCAGUACGAUUUUCUCGACCACAUUUACACGCACGGUCUGCCUGAGGUGUUUGACAUCAUGAAGGAGUUCCGCAACACCCUCGACAGCUACUCCGAGAAGACGGACAAAAUUCCUAGACUGUUGAUAGCUGAGGUUUACGACACGGUGGAAAACACGGUCAAAUACUACGGCGAAGGAGACCAGCCGAUUGCAGAUUUCCCAUUCAACUUUUUGCUGGUGAGCGAGAUGGAGCGGAAUCCCAGAGCGGACCACCUGAAGGAGCUGAUCGACCGCUGGAUGGACGCGAUACCCACUGGCGGCUGCCCGAACUGGGUCUUGGGGAAUCACGACAAAGGCCGUGUCGCGUCAAGAAUCGGACUGAACUAUAUUGACAGCAUGAACAUGGUCGUUAUGCUGCUGCCAGGAGUGGCAUUCACCUACUAUGGCGAGGAGAUCGGCAUGGAGGACGUGAACCUCUCGUGGGACCAGACGGUCGACCCUGCAGGAAUAAAUGCGGGCCAGGAUAACUACAUGAAGAUCUCCAGGGAUCCGGCCAGGAGCCCCAUGCAGUGGAGCAUCAACAAGAAUGCUGGGUUUUCUGAGAGCAGUAGCACCUGGCUUCCUGUGAAUCAAAACUACUUGAACGGAAUCAACGUCGAAGAUCAAGAGGAUAGAUUUUCUCAUCUACAAAUUUAUCGCUCUCUGAUCAAACUAAGGAAAACGGACGCCUUUCUAAAGGGCGGCCUACACACUGAGGUGUUCAACGAUGGAAAAACCUUCGUCAUGUCGAGGGUUUUUGGCGAUUCUGGAAUAUUGGCUGUGAUCAAUAUGUCCAAUGAAACAGCUAACGUGGAUCUCUCAAGCCUCAGUGACGUACCUGAUGAGCUAACUGUUUAUCUGAGCAGCAAACAAGAAUUUAUUGGAAAAUCUAUGAAUAAGUCUUCCAUUGGGCAGUCACCGUAUCAGGCUGAUGUUCUUCUCUUUAAAGUAGACGUAGAGUGACAAGUGCCAGUUUGCAGAUAGAUGUGUUUUCAGUAUUUUCUCAUUUUGAUAGUUGUUUUAUUUUGUUGCCUUUUAAGAAAUAAAUUCAUAUAAACAGCGCAA